AUGUAUCAUUGUUCAAAGUUUGAUUUUGUACAAUUAACAUUUCCUGUGGAGAAAAUCACCAAUAUUAUGAGCACAGCUUAUAAUCUCGAUGAUGAUAUUUCUUUCAUUUCUAACGAUGGCCCUCAUGGUACGUCAAACUCCUUUCGAACUCAAGAGCAGAAUAAUCGGAAUUCAGCUCCGAUAAGUUCAACAAUCGACUUGAAAUCUCCAUCGACUCGUGUACGAAAUUCUUCAAAUUCUCCUUCGUUUGAUGCGUGCAGUGAUUCUAAUUUCACUCGAGGACGUGCUCAAAGUGAUUCUAAUCCUUCUAUCAAUCAUUACACCGUGGAGCAACUAAAACAAUUUUUAUUGAAAAAGAAUCCAAACUAUCGUCUUUCAAAGAACAAUUCUACAAAAUCAUCAUCAAUUUGGUGGCGUGCUUUUGGAUUUAUAUCCACUCUCAACGAGAAUAAAGAAUUCGAACAAAUACCUGGAUUCAUUAGCUGUUUAAAAUGUUAUAAUACAUUUCGGUACAGCUUUAAUAGCGGUACUAAACAUUUUGUUGAUCAUGCAAAUAAAUGUUUUCCUUUCGCUACUAAAAAUACGGUCGUGGCUGCUGACGCAAAUGAAUCAAAAUUUGUUCAAUACAAAUUGGAACAAGUUGGCGUUCAACGAAAAGUUCAAUUAACGGCUAAAGAUCAACAACGACUAAAAGAGAUUUGUGCCAAAUGGAUUUGUUGUGAUAUGAGACCUUUCACUAUCGUCGAAGAUGAUGGAUUUCAAAACUUAGCGAAUAUGUUAAUCAAAAUAGGAUCUCAAUACGGUUCAAUCGAUGCAAAGAAUGUUAUCCCAAGUCGCCAUACAGUAAAUCGUACCGUUCAUGAUCUUGCAGAUAAAAUCCGAGAUAGUUUAAAGCAAGAAUUAAUCGAACCAUUACGUACGAAAGCAGUUACGAUUGCGCCGGAUUUUUGGCAAAGCAAGUAUAGCCAACAACACUAUCUAGGUCUUAAUGUCUCUUAUGUCAAUGUCAAUUAUCAAUUUAAAGCUAUUGAUUUAUUUUGUCGACCGUUUAAUGGCACUAAAUCGUACGACUUAAUUCUUGACUUUCUCAACAUCCAGUUAGCGGAAUUUGGAAUCAAUUUAACUGAUGUCAAUAUUAUUACCGAUCGAGGAGCAAAUUUCCUCAAGGCAUUUUCUAAACACGACCCAAUUUGUUGUUUCGGUCACCGUUUGAACAAUGUCUUGAAAAUUUGCUUUUUUUAUCAGCAAUCGAAGAGGAAAACUAACAAAUCACCACCAAAAGAAGUUUUCUCAUCAACUACAUUAAUAUUACCAAACGAUUGUUCAGGAGUCGAAAAGGACGAAUUAUCGAGCUCUUCAGACUCCGAUUCAUCAGGUGACGAAGAAAAUCAAAGAGAAAACUAUCCACCUGAACAGUCAUCACUUGCUAUUCCAUCAGAAGCGAAACAAGUUUUAUUCGUACUGAAACAAGCAAAAAAGCUUGUCAAAUACGCGAAAUUAACGGGUUUAAAUCAAGAAAUAAAAGAUAACGGUGGAAUAACUCUUCAUCAAGCUACCGUUGUUAGGUGGUUGUCGUUAUCAAAUUUGUUGGAAUCACUUAUAAAAUCAUUCAAAAUUGUGCGAAAAUUGUUAUUUGACAAGGAUAAACAAUUAUUGAUCACAGAUAUAAAUCUUCAGUGUUUGAAACAAUUGUGCCUUAUUUUGAAACCUUUUAAACAGAUCGUUACGUCUAUCCAAAUUGGGAAUGCACCUUCACUUUAUUUUGUUCCAAUGUAUUACAUUACUUUGAAAGAAGUAUUACAAUCUUUUGACGCAGUGAAGGAAUAUGUCAAUGAAAAUAUUGAAGAUGUAGGAGAUCAUGACAGUUCGUUUAAGAUUGACAAAGAUGAUGACUUCGAACAUGAGCUACCAGGAAUCAGAUGGUUCCGCGAGAGACUUCUUUCAUUAUUAAAUGAAAUGGUUGUUCUGGAUAUUCGUCAAGUAACUGCAAUGCUCUUACAUCCGCGUUAUCGGUCACUCAAGAAGAUCCCUGAUCAUGUAAAAGAUCAAUGUUACAAAUAUGUUCGACAACAAGUUUGGGAGUUACGUGAAAAAGGAAAGCUCGAAGAAGAAAAUCAGAAAGAUCUAUUGGAACCACCGGAAAAGAAACAAAGGAAGGAGAAGAAUAUACUGAGUCGAUUUGAAUCUGGUAAUCUUAAUGAAGAAACAACUGUUCGAACUGGAAGCGGUGAUGAAAGUGACGAAACUUGCUUUGUUUGUCAAAAAACAGAUGGAAGUUCAUCUAAAGUAUUAUCUACAGAACAACAAAAAUCAGUUUUUAUCAAGCGUGGUAUUGUUAUACCUCCCGGAAGUCGUUUUUGUUGUGAUCAUCUGUAUGGAAAGCAUUUAACUUUCGAAGCUUUACAUCAAAUUGUAUCUACAAAGAGUGAACCAAUAGUAUUUGAUGCCAAAAGUGUUAUGAACUUAAUAACAGAAUGCUGCACGAUGAUUCGUGAUACGAAAACAUUUGAUUUUGAUUAUCCAACGUCUUUAGAUGAUGAAGCAUAUUACAAUCUAACGAGUUUAGAGAAAGAUCAAUUUGAUAAUCUGCCCAGUACUCUAACAUCAAUGCGCAACUCUUAUGUUCGAUCAAUUCGUGUAGGUCUGGCGCUCUUUCUGGUUAAAAUGCGUUUAAGUGUUAGUAACAGAGUACUAUCUUCUCUAUUUCACAUGAAAAAUAAGCACGUAGCUUCUCGAAUUGUUCAUGCAAUAGUCGAAGGACUACUCAAGAACUUUGUUCCUAAACAUCUUGGUUUCCAACACAUCGACAGAAGAACUGUUCUUAACUGUCAUCAAACCUUAAUCGCUUCACAACUGAUGGCUGAUAGAGAUGAUCAAGGGAUUCUAGUAAUGGAUGGAACUUAUUUGUUCAUACAAAAGUCGAGCAGCAAUCAAUUUCAACGUCGAUCAUUCAGUAUGCAUAAACGCAGGAACUUGAUCAAACCUACGAUCACAACUGCAACAGAUGGAUACAUUCUUAGUGUACAAGGUCCAUAUUUUGCAGAUGGUCGAAAUAACGAUGCGUCCAUUGCCAACAAUAUUUUUAUUCACAACGAGGAAGAUGUUUUAAAUUGGCUGAACAAGGAUGACGUUAUAGCAGUUGAUCGUGGUUUUAGAGAUGCCGUCAAGUCAAUAUAUGGAUUCGGCUUUAAUGUCCAACUGCCUGAUUUUCUCAAAGGAAAAAACAUCUAUCAUCUGCAGAAGCCAAUCAUUCUCGGUGUGUUGCUAAAGAAAUUAAUCAAACUAAGAAUAGGUCGCAAUGGAAAAAAAUAUUAUGCUCAAAUGGUCAAUUUUCCAAUCCUGGCUGAAGAAGAUGUACAAGAUAUUUGUUUUGGUACAUACCAAAUCAAACAAGCUAAAAGUUAUAUUGAGGUACAUCUGAAACCUUCCGUUUUGGACAAUGAAAAGUACGAAUUUCUUGUUGAGCUUUCUACGAAGCACGUGGAUCUAGUUUGUGUUCGUUUUGCCUUGCGACAUUCAAGCAAUAAAACAUACAUUGCCACGGUACAAUUCGACGAAGAUGACUAUGAUGAAUCGAUUAAAAGAUGGUUCUGCACCUGUGCCGCCGGAGCUCGUAUUAUUGGUUGCUACGCUCAUAUAACAGCUUUGAUUUUCCAUUUAGGUGUCAGUCGUAGUGAAACUGAUUCUUCUGAUCAUCAACUCUCAGCAAAUAAUCUGUUACCCAAUCUCCAAGACUGUAUACAAUAUUCAGACAAUGCAAGCAACAGCGAUGAUCACGAUGACUCAUCAGAGCCUGAACCCGACGAUGAUUAA